AUGAGCCGCCAGCCCGAGCGCCCCACGGCCUCGGCAGCCUCCACGGCCUCCACGCCCUUGCACCGGCCCAUCAAGGGCAUCCUGAAGAAGAGGAACUCUGCAGCCUCCCCGGUGGUGGCCUCGGCCGACCAGCCCCGCCGGAGCGUCGACGAGGAGCUGAGUAAGAAGUCCCAGAAGUGGGACGAAAUGAACAUCCUGGCAACCUAUCAUCCAGCUGGCAAAGACUAUGGUUUGAUGAAAGUGGAUGAGCCAAACACGCCUUACCACACCAUGAUAGGUGACGACGAGGAGGCCUACAGUGAUUCGGAAGGCAGCGAGGCCUUGACCCCAGACAUCUUAGCUAAGAAAUUAGCUGCUGCCGCUGCUGAGAGCUCGGAGACAAAGUAUGGGACUCGGGAACAAGAGAGCAGUGGGGAGGAAGAUAAUGACCUCUCCCCGGAAGAGCGAGAAAAGAAGCGGCUGUUUGAAAUAAAGAGGAAGCUUCACUACAACGAAGCCGUGAAUAUUAAAUUAGCCAAACAGUUACUUUCCAAAGAACUGCAAGACGAUGACGAUGACGAAGACGAAGAAGAAAUGUCAGAGACUGCAGGCAGCAUGAAUAUUGAAGCGUCGAGUCAAGGCUCGACAGCAAGUGACCCUCCGCAGCACAGAUCACAAAGUUCAUAA